CGGCUGAGGCGGCGGCGGCUGAGGGGCUGAGGCGCUGAGGCGGUUCUCCCUCCCCCCGGCCCGGGCGAGGGGCGGGCGGGCGGGCGGGCGAUGAAUGGUUUCAGCACCGAGGAGGACAGCCGGGAUGGGCCUCCCGCCGCCCCCUUCUACGGCCAGAGCUGCUGCCUCAUCGACGACGGGGACCGCUGCGUGCGCCCCGCCGGCAACGCGUCCUUCAGCAAGAGGAUCCAGAAGAGCAUCUCGCAGAAGAAGCUCAAGCUGGACAUCGAUAAAAGCGUGAGACAUCUGUAUAUAUGUGAUUUUCACAAGAACUUUAUUCAAAGCGUCCGAAACAAAAGAAAAAGGAAGACCAGUGAUGAUGGAGGUGACUCUCCUGAGCAUGACACAGAUGUCCCAGAGGUCGAUUUGUUCCAGCUCCAAGUGAAUACUCUGCGACGUUACAAGAGACAUUAUAAGCUGCAGACAAGGCCUGGACUCAACAAGGCUCAGCUAGCAGAAACUGUCAGUCGUCACUUCAGGAAUAUUCCUGUGAAUGAGAAAGAGACGCUUGCAUAUUUCAUCUAUAUGGUAAAGAACAACAAGAGCAGGCUGGACCAGAAAUCAGAAAGUAGCAAGCAACUAGAAUGAAGAUUCACAAGAGACUCGGAAUAAGAGGGAUCUUGAAGGAACAGAUGGUAUUGUGCAUUUUAGGUAUAUUAAAACUGUUCAAGUAUAUUGUAAAUUUUUUUAAAACGCAGUAAGUCUGGAUGACGGGAAAGUAUAGACAUUUUUAUCAGGAAUAUAUGAAAACAUGUGCACAGCAUGUUUCUGAAGACUUCUCUUCCCUCAUUUAAAAGUCGCAUUGGAAUCAAGAAAUGAGGAUAAUGAGGAAACAAAGUAAACUUGUAGGACUGCAGAGUCUGCCAACUCAGUGUUUUAAAACAUUUCUGGAAAUCUGCAUCUCAAUGUAAUUUAGAUCACAGAUGGAUUUUUUUUUCACUGAAUUUAGACUGCAUCACAAAACACCAUGCAGUUUGUCUUGGCACAGGACUGGAAUAGCAGCAGAGAUGAAAUUCAUUAUCGAGGUGCGUGGGUCAGAAGUUUGUCUGAAGCUUGCUCCCCACCUACACGUGCUCAGUCUUGCCUUGAGUCAGUGCUUCAAGUCUCAAACUUCUACGAAUGCUCCAGCUCACCAAAUGUACUCCAGUGAACGCAACUUGACUAGUCUGAAAUUUUAUUUUUCUCACCUUGUUUCACCCGACAUGGAAGCCAAACAACUUUCUACAAUCUCUUUUUUUCUAAGUUCUUGUAUUUAAGAACUCACAACUUAAUUGUCUGUAAGCAUUUAAGAACUUCUGCAGUUCCUCAGAAUGUGGUAUCAAGGCAAAUACAGCUUAUUUGCUGGGUUUGAUUGCGUUGGUAGAAAUGCUCAUUUAAUUCACUUGUAUGUGGUUCCCUUGUAUUCAAGGCUGGGUGAUGAUAGGUGAAAGAAUGGGUUCAACAUCUGUCUCUUAAUCUCUGUGCCACGUCAGGUGUCAGUCACAGGCGAUGUGAAUUUUACACUGAAGCUAGUCUUUAGCAGGUGUCACAAAACUGCUGUGUGGAUUAAUAGGCUUGGCAGUCUCCAGCGUAAAGACAAGCUAACGGGUGUAGUGCCAUAACCAGGGUAGCAAACAGGCUGGAGCACGGUGCAUUUCAUCUGCCUCUACAAGCAAACAAAGCAUCCUGAGUAUUGGAGCACUUGCCUGUUGUGAGCAUUACGUGCGCUCUCUGAGAGUUCUCUGUAGCAGAGGGUGGCAUGCUGGUGCUCGCUAACUGGGCACUGUAGGAAGAAAUCUCUCUGAUUCUGUUAUUUAAGGCCAAGGUGUCCUUACAAAUAACACAGUAGUUAUUUUGGCAAAAGGAGCUUGUGAAAGUGUUGGUCGUGACUGUCUGUUCUCCUGUGACCUCAAAUUCUACUCAAGGGGAUCUCACGAUUUAAAGCACCGCUCUGUUUCCAUGCUGUCCUAACCAACGUCUCCGCUCUGUCAAAAGAUGCCAAGACUCCACAUAGAGAGUGUAUUCUCAACAAGCCUUAAGCAAUGAACUGAACAGUAAAAAAAAAAAACAUUGGCUAGCAUUUUGCCAAUGGCAGGUUUUAAUAUUCCCAAACUGGAUGAAGCUUUGUUGAAGAACGGAACACACAGGUCACAAUCCCAGCUUCGUACUGCAUCACGUGUUUUGUAGGGCGUGAAGGGUUCACACAGUGAAGCUCUUGCUGAAGCUCUCCCAGGGUCUCUUUAAAAAUCACGUCAAUUUAAAGCAAGCUGUUCACAUCAGCUUUGAAUUGUGUGCUAAUACUCUAUCAACAAGUUAAAUGAACUUCAGUGUGUUAAAGUCCUGUGUCAUAGGCACAAUAAUCUGUUAUGGUACAUGCCCCAUUUGUGAAGUUUUGGAGAGUGCAAUGGUUUCAGCAUUUCCUUGUUUGUUUCCAUAUGGAUUUUAAGAACAUUGGACACGAGAGGCUCACGGAAUGAGGAGAGGAUGUCUUGCAUUGGUAUUUCAUGAAUGUUUAAAACUUUCCUAAUUAUCCCGGUCCUUUCGUUACUGAAAGGGUGGAACAAUUCCCACAUCAGUCAACAUGAUCUGGCUUCUCUCAUUCAAGACAGAUAGGCAAAGUGGUACGUUCUCUGACUGCAUGUUAAUAUUCCAAGUGCUCAUGUAAUCAGAGGAUAUCACCAAGGGAAAACGAGUUUCUGAGUUGAGAGUUGUGCCUCAUCGUAACUUCUAGACCAAAACUGUAAAAAAUGUAGUUUGGGGGUUCCUUUUUUGUUGUUGUAUUUGUUUUUUUGAUUUUUUUUUUGUCAUUUGAUUUUAUUUCUAAAAGUAAAUAAAUCUGUUGGGGGUGUUUUAGCAGCCAGCAGCAAAAUGAUUCUUUUCAAGGAAAUAUGGUGGCAGGUUCCAUCUGUUCAGGUGUAUUCACUGGAAUGCUUUGUGCAGAGGUGGUAUCCAGGAAACUUUUUUUUUUUUUCUGAAAAUAAUCAAUGGAUGUAAAAUGUGAUUCUUGGUUUCUCUCUUAAAGCAAUUAUACUUCUUGGGAAAAAUUCUUAGUGAAGUGUGAUGAUGAAGAGAUGUUUACCAGCCAUUAGCAGUUGUUUAUAAGGUGGAAAGCUUCGGGGCAGGAUACCAAAGAAACAGAAGAGUCUUUGGCUGUCAGACCCCAUAGCCUUAUAAACCCUUGCAAAUGCCUUAUUACCUUGUUCUCAACUUAGCCACAGCAAAACGCCUUGAGCAAAAGAAAGCCGAUGUCUCGCUGGAAGGGUUAGCCACUUUCUGGCUGCCGUGCUAUAAACUGAAAUCACGUGUCAAUUCAGUAGCAAUAUCCAUGUUCAGGGUGCCUGUGAUUCUUGAAAAGCAUUUAGUGUCUAAUAACCAGAAAACGCAACAAUGCAAUUGUCAUUCUGUAUAAUACCGUUCUGUGUAUUUGAUUCCUUAUGCUGCAUGCCAAUUAAAAAAAGACUUUCCAACUUU